AUGGAGGGGACGAAACAGGAGAGGGGACAAGGGGAAGGGAGUCAGGACGAGGAAGGGGACGACUUCCGCAGUGUAUACAAACGAGUGGUAGUAAAAAAUAAAAGUCUAAAUGAAAAGACAAACAGUAACAAAGCAUUUUCGGAGAUGCUGGAAAUAAGCAGAAUUACUGAUUACAACAUGGUGAUGAAAUAUGAGUACCUCCUCAAGUUAAGUUUCUUUAGUAGCAACGUGAACGUAUUGAAUGUAUAUCGAUUAGUGAAGCCGGAAAGUGAAAAACAAUUUGACGAAAUCGCAGCUCGUUUGAGAAGCAACAUCCUACUUAGUAUAAUGGACACAAACAAAAUAAAUGAUAAAAGUGAACAUGUGGGUGAAUACUUUACAAAAAAUUAUGAACAGCUCAAACACCUGGAGUUUGUCAUUGGGAACACAGAUUAUCCACUAGGGUUUGAAAAGAACACCAAUGGGGUUUUUCGAGUAUACCUCUUUAAGGUAAUACCCAGCAAGACGCUCUUAUUAAAUAAAAAUAAUUUGAGUUACAUGGAAAAGGACGAAAUGCCAAGUAAUUACGACUCAGUUGCCGUGGAUAAAGAUCUGUUCUAUGAGCAGUUGGGUUCAUCGGAGCGGAGGCAGGGGGGGGAAGGGGAGAACGACCUGACAGGCGGCGGGCAAAACAAGGGAACAUCGAUAAGCAUGACGAGGGGAAGAAGUAACUAUAGCUACAUAUACAAAGUCAGAUCAGCCGAACAGGUACUUCCUCUGCUGCUAAUCGAGUUUGAGUUUAAAUGCCUACGGGUCGACAUCAGCGUGCCGAUAUGUGAAUACUGCUACACAGCUAAGGCUAUUUAUUAUUGUCAUAACGAUAAGGUCCAUCUGUGCAACAUAUGUGACAUAAAACAUCAUGAGAAAAAUAAAAUCUUGAAGAAUCAUAGGAGGAUGCCAAUAUCAGAGUCUCCAUACCAAUUUGGAAAAUGUGCCUACCAUCCGAAUGAGGUAGUCGAAAGUGUUUGCAUGAAGUGCUAUUGUAGUCUGUGCCCCAAUUGUCUGCUGAUAGGGAGUCACUCCAAGGGCAAUUAUCGUAAUCACCCCAUUGUGAAUAUAAAAGACGCAUUCAUUUUGUCCAAUCGGAAGCAAUCACUCAGUGAUGUCAAUUUGGAGAAUAGGAAAGUUAGGAUACUCGAUUUGUUGAAAAGAAAACACAAACUACUAGCAGAGAUUUAUUCCAACUACAGUUCUUUGCAGAAGCGAAUCGAUACCUUGUAUAGGUACAUCAUUGAUGAGUUAAAAGUUUUAAAAAAAAAAAAGAUGCAAUACAUUAUGGCGUUAAAAAGGGCUGUUCUAUCUCAACUACUCACCAUCGAAUGGACAGAUGCCUUUUUUUAUCAUACCAAAUUGUCCUUAAAUUUGUCUGACUUUAUUUUAUACCAGAAGAAACAUGAAUUGACUGUCCAAUUUUUAAUGGCCAAAAAGGGGAAAGAUUCAGAUUUUAUGAAAAGCGCACCACAUUGGCUGUUCCAGAAAAUUUACGUCCAAUCCAGUUUGAGCAUUUAUGAAGAUAGCUUUUUUAAGCUUAACUUUGUUAGCCCCAAGGAUCUCGACGAAGGGAUGACAAAGAGGGACAUAGAUAGGAAGCGUUGCGUACUGAAGGGAAGUCGUAACAAGCUGGAAGAGAUGUACAAUUUUAACAACGCCUUUAAUGACAAGAAGGGGUACUUGGGGCUGUAUGACGAAACAGCCUUCGAGGGGGGAACCAAGGCAGAGGAAAGUGCACAUCCAGCGAGCGUUAAGUACUCCGUCGCGCAGGAUGCAGAGGUGAAGCAGUCGCCUCAAGAAACCGCGCAUGACAGUUUCUCAAAUCCAAUAGAACCUGCGAACACAACCAAAUUGAGCAACAAAGACGUGCAGAGCGUUCUCAAGAUAAAGAAGGAGUAUGCGUCGAUGUAUGAUGUGACUGAAGAGAAACCAACCAACUGCAAUUUGUUAAUCGAAAUUUUUAGAGACACAGGGGAGGUGAACUUAUGCGGGCGGGGAACGAUCCCUCUGAAGCAAUCGCACAUUUGCAGAGAGUUGUGGAAGCACCUGGUUAAUUACAAAUAUAUAAAUGUCAUCCAUAUACUAAAGGCGCGGUGUAGCUUGAAUACCCUCCUGCUUACGCACUCCUUUUUCAACGUCGCGUCUUAUUAUGACAGCCUGGAAGAUCUAGUGAAGCACAUCAUUAAACACGAAAUUUAUACUCUGCUUAAUAAAAACAUCGACUACCAUACGAAGAUGAAGGUCACCCAUGUUUUGGACAGCGUCGCCACGUUGUUAUGUCUCCGGAGGUUUGUCCUCGCACCUUGGGUUGAUAAAUAUAUCCAGCUGUGCUGUUCACAGGUUGGGAAUGAGGAAAGAGGUGUGUCUUCCCCAAGUGGAGAGGCCUCCCCAAAGGGGGAUAUAAUCUAUGAGAAAAAUUCAGAGGUGAAAGAUGAACACACGUCAUCGGUUCAUUCAGCAAAUGAGAAGGUAAAGGGUACCAAUCUGAUCAGAAAAAGUGACCCUGGUGAGGUGACAAAAGGGGAUAAGCAUAGCUACGGCGAAUUUCGAAUACGCAUGGAAGAGGAGGAGUUCCCAACAGAUGGGGGAAAUAACACGGUGUUGGGUGACCGAACCGUGCUGGAUGACCAAACCGUGUUGGAAGAGGAUAAUGCAAUCUUGGAAGACAUGAACACAAAGAAGGAUGGACACCACAUGAGGAGCAGAAACGGACAUGAUGUCAUGGCGGAUGUGUGCCUAACUGUAGAUGAAAAGCAGGAGCUGUCCACGUUGAAAAAAAUAAAAGAACACAUAUACGUAUAUUUAGAAAUGCUGAUCAACGAUUUGGUGAAAAUCCCUCACAAGAACCUAAACGACGGUGUACGAUUUAUGUUUUAUCUUAUCCAUGACGAAAUUGACGGAAAAAAUAAAAACUUAGCGAUGAAUGAGAAGAAGUUCAGUAUACACACUUUGUGUCUCUGUUUGGAUAUAUUUCUUAACUCUGUGUUGUACCCUUACAUUUUUUACGUGCACGAGGAGAACUUGAAGGAUCAGGUGAAGACUCCGACGUGGAAGGAUUCUUCUCUUCAUCAGAAAGUGGCAGUUAUGUUUGGCCAAACGGUACGAGAAAUUUCGAUAUAUGUCUUUCAAAUUUACAAUUUAGGAAUGUAUGACAGCAACUUGAAGGCGUUCAUAAAUAACAUAAAGGAUAAUAAAAUGCUUCGUGGGAGGACCACAAACGAGAAGAUGUUCUUCCUCGACGUGUCGCAGAAGCUCUUCCAAUGGAUAAUCAAAAAUUUGGAGUCGCCCAGGUACUACGCCCCCGUGAGGUGGACCUACCGCGAGGGGGUCGAAAAAAGUUACCAGCGGAUCGUCCAGGAAAUUGUUCACAUAGACGAGUCCUCGACAAACAAUUGUGUAAAAGAGAAUGUUGAUUAUAACGUCUUAUUCAGCACCGAGAAUUUUAGGGAGAUUCUGUCUCUGUGCUACUCGAUGCAAGGCGUAGGCGCGUGA